CUUACAUAUUUCAUUUGGAGGGACACGAACCCGUUUACACAGACAGACAAGGAUUAUUCUGUAACUUUUGCAAUGGUUCCUCUACUACUUUUGUCGCUGGUAGUGUCUGGAGUUUUGUCGAAAUCGAUAUCGAGCUCGACAUUGUUCCAUGACUUCUCUGCUGACAACAGACACUUAACAAAGACCGAGUUUGCCCACAUCUUACUCUCCUUUGAUAGUAACAGUGACAAUCACGUGUCCAUAUCCGAGUUCGAAUCUGGAUGGGCUCAUAAACAUAUGAGAGAUCCUGAUUUAGCCGGAUAUUUCUUCACUGUGGCUGAUGAGAACGACGACUUGCGCAUAACAAGGGCUGAUAUGGACUAUCUGUUUACCAUCAUGGAUUUCGACGCUGAUGAUACCCUCUCAUCUUCUGAGUUCCUCACGGGAUGGCACAACUUCUUCGAAGCCGACGACCACGACGACUAGAAUUGAUGAUUUUAUGAUGAUUCUGUGUUUCCAAAUAAACAGAAACAUAUUUCUUUCA